AUGACUCGCUUCAACGUCCAAGUAAUCACCACACAGGUCCACGAUGGCCAGAAACCCGGCACUUCUGGCCUCAGAAAACGUGUCAAGGUGUUCCAGCAGCAGCACUAUACAGAAAACUUUGUGCAAUCCAUCUUUGACGCGGUCUCGCCCGACGGCAAGACCAUCGUCGUCGGCGGUGACGGUCGUUUCUUCAACACGGAGGCGAUCCAGACCAUUCUCAAGAUUGCAGCUGCUAACAAUGUCGCCAAACUCAUCAUCGGUCGCAACGGUAUCCUUUCCACGCCUGCUGCCUCUAACGUGAUCCGCAAGUACAAGGCGGACGGUGGCAUCCUGCUCACUGCCAGCCACAAUCCCGGAGGACCAGAUAAUGAUUUCGGUAUCAAGUACAACAUGUCGAACGGUGGUCCGGCUCCUGAGGCCGUCACCGAGAAGAUUUACGAGAGGACCAAGACGAUCAAGGAGUACAAGAUUCUCGAGGCUCAACCGCUCUCACUCGAGGAGAUUGGCGAGUUUACCUUUGGCCCGUUGAAAGUCCAGAUUAUCGAUUCUGUCAAAGACUAUGUCGAAUUGCUCAAGUCCAUUUUCGACUUUGACCUCAUCUCCGACUUCCUCACCACCAACACAUCGUUCAAGGUUCUCUUUGACGGCAUGCACGGUGUCACUGGCCCAUACGGUCGUGCCAUCUUCGUCGAAACCCUCAAACUCCCAGAGUCCUCAAUCCAAAACGCCACUCCUCUCCCAGACUUUGGCGGAGGACAUCCUGAUCCAAACCUCACCUAUGCCCACGACCUCGUCAAGGUGGUUGACGAGAAGAAUAUCGACUUUGGCGCCGCUUCGGAUGGAGAUGGCGAUCGAAACAUGAUCUACGGUGCCAACGCCUUUGUCACUCCCUCUGACUCUGUGGCCGUCAUCGCAGAUUGGGCGCACUGCAUUCCCUACUUUAAGAAUGGUGUCAAGGGUCUCGCGCGUUCGAUGCCGACUUCGGGCGCCAUUGACCUCGUCGCAAAGGCAAAGGGCGUUGAAGUCUUCGAGGUACCCACCGGAUGGAAGUUCUUUGGUAACCUCAUGGACGCUGGUCGUCUCUCCAUCUGCGGUGAAGAGUCCUUUGGUACUGGCUCGGAUCACAUUCGUGAAAAGGAUGGCGUGUGGGCAAUCGUUGCAUGGCUGAACAUUCUCGCUGCGGCAAACAAGGACAAGCCCGGCACCGGCAUCAACGACAUUCUCCAGGACCACUAUCAGAAGUAUGGGCGCAGCUUCUUCUCGAGAUAUGACUAUGAGGAAGUCGACUCAGAUGGUGCCAAAAAGGUGGUCGACCACAUCAACGAGGGCAUCAACUCCAAUUCGCUCAUCGGCAAAAAGUUUGCGUCCUCUACUGGCGACUUUGUGGUCAGCGAGGCGUUCAACUUUAGCUACACCGACCCCAUCGACGGCUCGGUCAGCAAGAACCAGGGCCAAGUCGUCCGCUUCGAGGAUGGUUCGCGUGUCGUGUUCCGUUUGAGCGGUACUGGAAGCCACGGCGCGACCAUUCGUCUAUACGUCGAGAGGUAUACCAAGGACGAAACACAGUACACGCUCGAGACCGCCAAGGGAAUCAAGGGCCUCAUCGAGGUUGCCCUCGUUUUGAGCAAGUUGGAGGAGUUUACGGGCAGGAAGGAGCCCACCGUCAUCACGUAA